AUGUCAAACGGUACAGUAACGCUAGGCACUACUAACGAGCUACCCCAACUAACCAUCAGCGUCACUAACAAGCAUCAUUCAGACGUGCGACUCUACAUGGAUACAUUCGGUGGAAACAUCUACUUCGAUAGCUCACAAAAUGGCUACUACAAGUGA